AUGAGUCUUUCUGCAAAGGACAAAUUGGCGGUGAAGACCUUCUUCGGCAAAGUUGCCCCUAAGGCGGAGGACAUUGGCAGCGAGGCUCUGGCCAGGACUCUGUUCGUUUACCCUCAGACGAAGACCUACUUCUCCCAUUGGGCAGACCUGAGCCCCGGCUCACCUCAGGUGAAAAAACAUGGGCUGACCGUAGUGAAUGGCGUCCUCAGCGCUGUCGAGCUGAUUGAUGAUCUCAAGGGGGGUCUGCUCACCCUCAGCGAGCUUCACGCCUUCAUGCUUCGCGUGGACCCCGCUAACUUCAAGGUAGCCUGUUUCAGGGUUUUGCUGAAAACAUUUGUCUGA